GAUCAUCCGCGUUCGAAUCCAACACCAAACACUCCCACACAAAUACACCCACACCCACACUAGUACAACCAACAUCGGAACCUCUUGGUAGACCACAGAAGGAAUCACAUGAAGCUCGAGUUGUUGGCCGCGGUUGCUGUCGCAGGAGGCGGCUGCCCGAGGGCUGAUGCCUUCGUGACGAUGCCGUCUGCUGCUGCUGUCGGCGGUUUGACUUCAACGACGCGGUUGAUGUCCGCGAUAUUCACCAGGCCCGAUCGGCAAGUGCUCGCCGGGGACAGUGCGUCAAGGAGGAGGAGAAGGAGCAGUGCGGCCAGAGACCUUGGCAUGAAGUCGCAGGCGACGCCUAUCAAGACAGACGCGCCAGCAUCAUCGGCAACAGCGGACAGCAUUAAGCGCGUGUACCUGCUGAACGAGGGGAACAAGGACAUGAAGAUGCUGCUGGGCGGAAAGGGCGCCAACUUGUGCGAGAUGGCCAAGCUUGAGCUGCCUGUCCCGCCGGCCUUCAUCAUCACCACGGAGACCUGCCUGGAGUACUUCAAGGAGGGCACGGGCGACCUCCCCAAGGCCCUCGACUACGAGGCGCAGCUCAAGGCUCUCGAGGACGACACGGGCAAGAAGUUCGGGGACCCGACCACCCCGCUCCUGGUGUCGGUGAGGUCGGGUGCGCCGGCCUCCAUGCCCGGCAUGAUGGACACCGUGCUUAACCUCGGCCUCAACGAUGAGAUCGUGCAGGGCAUCAUCGACACCACGGGAAACGAGCGCUUCGCGUACGACACCUACAGGCGCUUCCUCAACAUGUACUCCGACGUGGUGAUGGAGAUGGACAAGGAACCCUUCGAAGAGGUGAUCGACAAGAUCAAGAAGAAGAAGGGGAUCAAGCUCGACUUGGAGAUGGAGGCCUCGGACUGGAAACAGGUGGUUGCUGAGUUCAAGAAGCUCAAUCCGAACGUGCCCAUGGACCCGAGGGAGCAGCUUCGCGGCGCAAUCCUGGCCGUUUUCCGCUCCUGGAACAAUGACCGCGCUAUCCGCUACCGGUCGUACAACGGCAUCCCCGACGCAUGGGGCACCGCCGUGUCGGUGCAGGCCAUGGCCUACGGCAACAUGAACGACGCUUGCGGGACCGGCGUGGCAUUUUCGAGAAACCCUUCGACGGGAGAGAACAAGUUCUUCGGGGAGUUCCUGGCUAACGCAGCCGGAGAGGAUGUCGUUGCCGGCAUCCGCACCCCGCAGCCCUUGGAGGAGAUGGCUCAGAAGUGGCCCGAGGUGUAUGCCGAGCUUUUCAAGUACCAGGAGCAGCUCGAGAAGUACUACGGCGACAUGCAGGACAUUGAGUUCACUGUCGAGAACGGACGGCUGUACAUGCUCCAGUGCCGCAACGGGAAGCGCACGGCGAAGGCCUCGGUGAAGAUCGCCGUGGACAUGGUGAAGGAGGGGACGCUGUCGGCGCAGGAGGCCCUCCUCCGCAUACCGGCAAACCAGAUGGACUUCUUCCUGCACCCCACGCUCGACCCGAAGGCCAAGAAGACGCUGAUCGGGGAGGGGCUGCCGGCGUCCCCGGGAGCCGCCACGGGCAAGAUCGUCUUCACGCCGGACGAUGCCGAGGCCAUGGCCAACCUCGGGCAGGACGUGAUUCUGGUCAGGAAGGAGACCACGCCGGAGGACAUCCACGGGAUGAAGUCUGCCCAGGGCGUCCUGACGGCACUCGGCGGCAUGACCUCGCACGCCGCGGUGGUGGCGCGCGGGAUGGGCAAGUGCUGCGUGAGCGGGUGCACGGCGGCGGAGGUGGACAUGAAGGCCAAGACCCUCACGCUUGGCGAGAACAAGCUCAAGGAGCACGACGUUGUCACAAUCGACGGCAGCACCGGAGAGGUGUACCUCGGCACGGUGGACAGGCGUUCCGCCGCCGAGGACGAGGACUUCCAGGCCGUCCUCAAGUGGGCAGACGACAUUCGCGAGCUCAAGAUCCUGACCAACGCGGACACGCCCGAGCAGGCCGCCACCGCCCGUGGCCUCGGCGCGCAGGGGAUCGGCCUGUGCCGCUCGGAGCACAUGUUCUUCGCGCCGGAGCGGAUCUCGGCGAUGCGCGCCAUGAUCGUGUCGGAGAAGAAGGCGGAGCGUCUCGAGCACCUGGAGACCAUGGCCGCGUUCCAGAGCGAGGACAUCUCCUCGAUUCUCAAGGAAAUGGACGGCUUGCCGGUGACCAUGCGCCUUCUCGACCCUCCUCUUCACGAGUUCCUUCCCCACUCUCAUGAAGAGAUGCAGUCCCUCGCGGACACCGUCGGUAAGCCGCUUUCGGUGGUCAAGGACCGCGUGGCCCAGCUGCAGGAGGUGAACCCCAUGCUCGGGUUCCGAGGCUGUCGGCUGUCCGUGGUGUACCCGGAGAUCACGGAGAUGCAGGCCCGGGCGGUCGCCUCCGCUGCCGCCGCCAACAAGAAGGCUGGGCUAGACCCCAAGCCGGAAAUCAUGGUGCCGGUGGUCUCAACCGCGAAGGAGCUGAGGUUAAUCGUGCCGCGGAUCCAGGCCGCCGUCGCAGACGAGCUCAAGAAGGCCAACGUAGAGCUGGACAUCCCCAUUGGCACGAUGAUGGAACUCCCUCGAGCGUGCGUGACCGCGGACGAGAUAGUGGGCACGGAGGGCGUGGAGUUCAUGAGCUUUGGCACAAACGACUUGACCCAGAGCGUGUGGGGGUUCUCCCGUGACGAUGCCAUCAAGUUCAUCGGCCGCUACCAGGAGCAGGGUUUGCUGGACUUCGACCCGUUCGCGCGCAUCGACGAGGAGGGCGUCGGGAGCGUGAUCAAGAUCGCGCUAGAGAAGGCCCGCGCCCAACAGCCAGGGACCAAGGUGGGGAUCUGCGGCGAGCACGGCGGCGAGCCAAAAUCGGUGGGCUUCUUCCACUCGCUCGGGUUCGACUACGUCUCUUGCAGCCCCUUCCGCGUGCCCAUCGCCCGCAUCUCCGCCGGCCAGGCCGCGGCCCAGAGCAUGCUCAAGAAGAGCGCGGGGGACCGCCUGUACCGCUCCUCUAUCACGAACGUAAAGCGGGCGGGCAAGAAAUCCGACUGAGUCCGUCCGCAGUUCCAUGUUUUUGGCCCUGAAAAACAUCUUGUUCCCCAAGGCGAAAAACAUCAACCGUUUUUGGUAAGCUUCUGGGAGCAACGAAGGAGUCGGAUCGGACCGAUCCAGACCAACCGGACAAGGCCAGGCGUUUCGCCUUUCGCGCGUGUCGGUCAGGAUGGGAGCCUCACAAGGUUCCUCCGCCGAUAACCCUGAAACCUCGUGACGGUGCUGUUCUUGGUUCAUUCUGUCAAUUUGAUGCCCAUCGGCUGGCCGAGUAGCAAAGUGCCUCCUCCCGUGGGUUGUUGUUUUGUUGCGGAGGUGCCAGAGGGUGCCAGUUAGACUGGCCAAAUGUCGACGAAGCGUCGCAAGCCCCGGGCCUGUUCCCAUGUCACAGCAGGAUCAGCAGUUGGUUUCCUGCGAGCUACGUGGAACGACUAAUCCCGUUCGCUGUCAUUGGCCUUGAAGCGAGCUGGAACAACAAGAAUGGAGAAUGAAAGAGGAUUGGAACCAGAAUAAUUUCGUUGGGGGUUGUGUUUCAGAAGUUAGUGAUGGCGUUUUGUUUUUCGAGCACGGGUACGAGGUUGCUUGUCUGGAUUCGGUCGGUCGGGUGAUUGUCUCCCACUUAUUUUUCAUCUCGUGGGUAGGCUUCACCUCAUCCUAACUGGGAGGGCAAGGUUUUGUAUAGAGGCCCUUUUGUAUGUCUCGAAAGUGUAGCAAGGGAAGGUGGAAUGGGGGAUCAUCUUCGACGGUCACAUUCAACGGAAGUUUCAGAAGACGCGUGUACCAUGGUGUAUAUUUGCUGUACAAGUCAUCUCAAUCUGAGCUUAUGAGCCCAUCCGUAUGAUGCUUGUACAUAUACUGGUUUUUAGGCAUCGCUGCCCUCGAGUAAUUGUACAUUUUACUCUUCAUAGAGGACAGGGCGAGAGGCGUCCGUAGCACCCCCGCACCUGGUUGCCUCCGUCGAUUGCGUGAACGGGGGCGUCGAACGGAAGCGAAAAGGUGGCUUUUUAGUUUUGUUGUGUGAUUUGGUCCUAUUCACAUGGCUGUUUCACUUUUGAUAGCGCGACCACCUCCGGGGCCGGUCGGAAGAGGUGGCAGAAGGCCCACCGUAUCUUGUACAGUGGAGGGUUGUACGAAAGCAUGCCCAUUUUCGCGAGGAACGAAGCGGUAAUCUACGGAGAGAAAACAGUGGUUGGGGGUGCGGAGGACAGUGGUGAUGUUAUUUGCUUGUGUUCCCGGGAGAUGACUCCCCACUGCCUUUGGGCAAGGGGAGGUGGCGCGGUUUUAGGCCUACGGCGCCGUCUGGUUGGAGGUGGAUCAGUGAAUCAAGACGCCCCAACCCGUGCAGCACUCGAAAAGGAAAGGGAAGAUUGAGCGGAAAUGGUUCCAUGUAGAUUCUGCACCUCGGGCAUGCGUGUGUUUAUCAUCGGCCGAAGCCGGUUGAAAGACAAUAGUCGUCAUCGCACAUUCACUGUCCCGAGAGAUGCGAGCCCUGUGUCUUCUCCCUACGGUAGGAAGGCUUCGAAGAGUUUUCGGUUUGGCUUUUGUGAUUUCCGUACGUAUUUUGUCGUAUUUCUUUCCGCGGAGAGUUGUACACACGAACACACACCAUAGAUGGCACAAUCAUAAAUGGCACAAUGAAAGUAGAAAUAAACAUCACAUCUUCUACUGUAGACCAAACUUGAACUCCCGAUUACUCCUCCCUUCGUGAGAAGACACAUUACUGCUGUAUCAAUGAGAACAAGAGAGGAGGAAGUAUCCCUUCCCCCAAGACGACAGGCACAGUGCGAAGGUGUACCAAUUUCUGGUAAAAUGUCAAUCGACGGAUACCCUGCGAGUCGGGUUAUGAACACUCUCCACCCACAGCAUUCCCCCUCCAUCAACUGGGAACUCGUGUGGCCAGCAAGGGUUUUUCUGUAAAUACUCUUAGUCUAUGCAUGCGAAGGCGCACCGACGCGUUAUUCUUGUACAUACAACAGUUCAGGUGUGAAGAGGAGUGUUGCCGUAGGGCAUACUAGUCUAUAGAUCGGGUACAUCUUGGUCUAGCAUAGGAUGUGGGAUGGCCGGGAGGUGUACCUGACGUAUCAACCGGGGUCACACAAGAGGGAGGUAGCACAGGAGGUUUCGACUAUAUUUUGUAUGCAUACAACGAAUUCAUCUCUAAAUUAUGUAUGGAUAUAUUCUACAGCGCAUUUCAUAGACUAGUCUAGUCUCCAUGCAAGCUAGGCUCUUUCCUUUUGUUUUUUGGCCCCACCUCCCCCCUGCGGUGCUUGCCUUAGUCUUUUUGGCGAGAAGGGUUUAACCAUUACUGUACCUCUAACACAUACAACAGCAUAUAGCUGCCUUCUCUACCGGAGAGCUACAAUGCGAGGUCUAGCUAGUCCAACCCUCCCUCCAAUAUGGUGUAUUUAUGCCUCGCCCGUCACGCCGCCUCCGUCGGCAGGGUGGUUCUCUCCCCACAACCGAUUUUGUAACUCUGUCCAACCGCGUCAUAUCCGUCCCUGGAUGCAGCUAGAUACCUUCAGAGUGCGGGGUGCGAGGGCGACCCUACAAACAAGGCGGUCACAGGUCGUGAUGCGACGAAUGCCCACUUGUUUUGCACACAGCCAGCACUUGUAGUGGGAGCCGGCGGAAACCGAAACCGUGACAACCGUUACCGUUUCACGUUUUGUGCGGGGGAACGUUCUAGGGAUUCUGGGAUUCUUCCAACUUCCAACUUCCCACGUACCCCGGGAACCAGGAACAUUCCGCCGCAGUUUUUUCUCGCGCAUGCAGAGUGUGGCACGGGAGGCAAAGGGGGGAGGCCAACAACUUCACACCGCUGCUGCUGUUUGCUGUAUCACAUCACUGUUCUGUUUUCGGGAAGGAGUCUGAGGAAGGAGCUACAACACUGGUGAAAGUGUGCAGCUACAUAUUCCGUGUCGAAUCCCGAUAACCCCCCGGUGCCUGCUUUUGGCGCAUCUCAUCCGUCGCAGGUGAAAAGAGAGGUGGGUAGGGUCAUGAAUUUUCCGUAGUACAACCAGAGAGCUAGACGCGUUCGCCUCUCUAUCCCUGCCACAAUGAUGUGAUUGAAUGCUCGCAGUUCAGGGGUUCACGAAUAAGCCGUCCGCGGAGUCGUCGGCUUACUCCUUGUGCGGUUCGCUGCGGGUACGUACCGAACACUUUGACUUCUCACACAUGGUGCAUCAACAGCAGCGGUAUGCGCUCAAUAUCAUCGUAUCGCCCGCUCAACGCCUGCCUUACCGCCUACUGCUGUAGAAGCAGCGCUGACAAGAAUUGCUGCGCCAUUCGCUGGUGCAUCAUUUAUCGUAGGAGCCAAGCUUGCUAUGGAGCCAAUAAGACGCGGCUUGCCUCACAGAGGUUGCCCCCGAGGCACACACUCAGACGCAUGCGCAGAUCACAAUUUAUGCGGCGCGACUUUUCCACCCAAAACGGCUCUUUGUCCUCGCUGUUUGUUUCGUUGGGCGUGUGCGACGAGGCAGGAUUCCCUUACCAGCAGGUGUUUGUUUAUUUUUAUCUUCUACUUGUGCCCUUCUUCCCCUCGCUG